AUGCCCACAAUCACCAACCCACCUUGGGAUCCACCAGCUCCGGUCAUACAGGAUACAAGCGCACUUAUGCAGGCCAAUACUCCACCUGAAGCAUGUGUCGCAGCAUGCAAUGCAUUAUUCUCGUGUCGCAUUUGA